GAUGCCCAGACAGUUUCCAAAGCUGAACAUCUCUGAGGUUGAUGAGCAUGUGCGGCUUCUAGCAGAGAAGGUAUUUGCUAAAGUCCUUCGAGAAGAAGACAGCAAAGAUGCCUUGUCACUAUUCACUGUGCCUGAAGAUUGCCCUAUUGGGCAGAAAGAGGCCAAGGAGAGGGAACUGCAGAAAGAACUGGCAGAACAGCAGUCUGUGGAAACAGCUAAAAGGAAGAAAAGUUUCAAGAUGAUUCGAUCCCAGUCUUUGUCAUUACAAAUUCCAUCUCAGGAAUGGAAAGCACCAUCAACCAAUCCUGUUCUGUCUCCUGCAACACCAGUUCUUCCAAGUGCUUUUCUGCCAGUCCAAGUGCCAUAUGAUGUACCAGAGUUUCAGAGAGUUUCAAUUAGUGGGGACUACUGUGCAGGGGUUACAGUUGAUGACUAUGAACAAGCUGCCAAGAGCCUGGUGAAAGCUCUUCUCAUUCGAGAAAAGUAUUCACGUCUUGCCUACCAUCGCUUCCCAAGAACAACAUCUCAGUAUUUGUGUAGCAUGCAAGAUGAGAAAUGGAAGAUUGAAGAUGAAGUGUAUCCAGAUUUCCAUUCACCCCCAGAAGAUAAUGAAGAUCCUUACAAUCUCGAUGAUGCUCCAGACAAUUUGGAUUAUGUUGUCAAGAUAAAAGGUGGCAUUCCUUUUGUUUAUGAUAACAAAGAAAUGAUGGAGCUCAAUGAGCCUCGGAGUCUGCCAUAUCCUGACCUGGAGACUUACACCCUUGACCUGAGCCAUGUUCUUGCUCUAAUUGCAGAUGGUCCAACAAAAACAUAUUGUCAUCGGAGGCUUAAUUUUUUAGAAUCUAAAUUUAGUUUACAUGAGAUGUUAAAUGAAAUGUCGGAAUUUAAAGAACUAAAGAGUAACCCCCAUCGAGACUUUUAUAAUGUGAGAAAG